UUCUGCCCAAAUUUGAGGUUUUCGUGAAGGCCCCGAAGCUCAUCACGGUUAUGACUAAGCAAAUAGAAGUCAGUGUGUGUGGCAGACAGACGGGAACGGCUGUUUCUCCAAGAUGGUGAAUAUUGAGGAGCUCCACCUGUUGUUGCUCGGUUUUUCGAUGGACAUCGCCGUCGAAGGCAAAAUCACAGAGGAAGGGACAGGAGUGGAGGUGAAUGCCACAGAAUCCAUUGAGAUCACAUCCACGUUGAGCAAAAUUAUCUUUGAAAACACAGACUAUUACUAUAAACCCGGCAUUCCCUACAUCGUGAAGGUGAAGCUGGUAGAUGGCAGCGAUGUGCCGAUCCGCAAUGAAACAGUGCAGAUUUUGAUAUGGUCAAGAGGCCAGCUGCUCAAUCAAGUGACGGAUACUGAGGGGAGAGCUCAAUUUUCCAUAGAAACCACGGAUUCCACAUUUGGAAUGUUGAAUCUUAAGGCUGUGUAUAAAUCUGAACCUUGGUGUAGUAGCAUCAUCUGGGCUACACCCUGCCACAUAGAUGCAUAUCACACAGCAGAAGUGCUUUAUUCUCCAAGCCAAAGUUAUCUACAUAUCGAGCCUGCUUCAGAAACAUUAAGCUGCAGCCGCUAUGAGCCGGUUCGGGUGCAUUACAUCCUUAACCGAGGUGAUGAGAACGAGGAUGAGAUUGUCUUCUAUUACAUGGUCAAGGCUAGGGAUAACAUCAUACGAACAGGGACACACAGUCAAUCAGUGGAACAGGAAAAAGAAGCCAAAGGGGACUUCGUUUUAAGUCUCUUGGUUGAUGUCGACAGUGCUCCCAAGAUCUCCUUGCUGAUCUACACCAUUUUGUCCAGUGGAGAACUCGUUGCUGACUCGAGAGACUUCACCGUAGAAAAGUGCUUCUCCAACAAGGCCAAACUGUGGUUCUCUGAUCAAGAAGGUCUCCCCGGACAGAAAGCCCAAUUCCAUCUUUCAGCUUUCCCUGGUUCCCUCUGUGCCAUCCAUGCCGUUGACCAGAGUGUCUUUCUCUUGAAACCUGAAGCUGAGCUCUCCUCUGAGAAGGUUUACAGCUUCCUUCCCAAAAAAGAUCUCAUCUUCUCUUCUUCCGUCUUUUUUGAUGAAAUCAAUUUUCAUUCCUGUCGUACACAACAACAAUUCAGAGCUGGAAACAUUGGCGCCGCCCCAGUGCAAUUUUUCCCUGGAGAUAGGGAUUCUUACACCAUAUUCAGGGACUUCGGCUUGAACAUUUUUACCAACACCAGGAUACGUAUCCCGGAAUACUGCCCUGACCGUGUGGUGUCACCGCCAAUCAGCUCUGGCAUCGGACACAUACCUGGAGUUGCUCAAGGUUUCUUUAACCCAGGAAGUGCCUCCGUGCCAUUCCAUGGAGGUGGUAUUGUUGGUGGUGUUCUUUCAGGGCUUCCCAUUCCCACUCAGGUUCAGGCUGUCCCUAAAAGGACACCUCGGCGCUUCUUUCCUGAAACGUGGAUAUGGGACCUGGUUAUUAUAAAUGGUUCUCAAGGAAAUAGCCAUUCUCAAGUCCAUAGUUCUAGUAGAAAGAGUGAUGCAUCUGAAGAAUCCGAAGAGAUUGCUGUUCCUGUGACCAUCCCGGACACCAUCACCGAAUGGAAAGCUGGAGCUUUCUGUCUUUCAGCAGACACAGGCUUUGGCCUGGCCCAGCCCACUUCUCUAAAGGCCUUCCAGCCGUUCUUCAUUGAACUCACCUUGCCGUACUCUGUGGUGCGAGGAGAAGCCUUCCCACUCAAGGCUACCGUCUUCUCCUACCUGACUUACUGCAUGUCAGAAUAUCUCUGACUCCUUCGGAUGACUUUGAGGCAUUUCCUAUGGAGAAGAUGGAGGAUUCCUAUUGUAUCUGUGCAAACGGAAGACAAACGGUGUCAUGGAUGAUGACCCCUAAAAUUCUAGG